UUUUUUCUUUUCUCCUGUUAUAAACCAACCUUUCUUCCUUUAUUCAUCUUCCAUUCCAUCUCAUAUAUCAAUUGAAAACAUAUCAAACAUAGAGAGCUAGAGUGGUAUUUCUGUCUGUGUCUGUGUCGUAUUUCUGAUGGGGAACAACAGGUUUAAGCUGUCAGAUAUGAUGCCAAAUGCUUGGUUUUACAAGCUCAAAGAUAUGAGCAGAUCAAGAAAGAGAAAUGGUUCUCAUGUAAUGAAGAGUAAAGUAUCUUCACCAACAACAUCUCAAAGGUCGGUGCCAAGAUAUUCACACUAUUUCUCCUCUGAGCCGAUCAGAGCUGGUAAGCUAUACAACACUCCCAUUCACACCAGAGACUUGGACAUGCCAUUCACUGAUUCACCUAGAACGUCAUCCAAGAGAAGGACUAGGAGAAAAACCAUUUACAAGCCUUCUCCCACUGUUGUUUCUUCGUCUUUCAUACCAACUUCCAACUAUGAUUCCACCAAUCAUUGGAUCAAACCAUACCAAGAUCAGUCACCAGAUUACGAUGUGUCUUCAGUUGAAAGCUCUUCUGAAUCUGAUCUCCAUGAAUAUGCUUAUUCUGAGUCUGAAUGUGACAGCUUUUCUGUUCCUGAUUUACUUAAUGGAAUGGCCCCUAAUGGCAGCUGCAGAGUUAGCUCUUCCACUAAUGACAUCAUCAUUGACAUGAACAACGACUCCUUCCUUGGGAACUCUGAAAACCAAGAUAGGUUUGAUGCAAUUUCGCUGCUGGGUCUUGCUCCAAUAUUGACAAAGCCAGUGAAGUUUGAUGACAAGGUCAUUGAAGCCACUGAGUUGAGAAGUUCAACUGAAUGGGAUGAGCUGCAGGAUGAUCAGUCUUUCUCAAUUGAAAUUAACAGAGAGGAAGGAAACAGAACUCAAAGGAGGAGAAAAAGCAGUCACAGAAAGCCCUUCGCUAAUUCUCCUGGCAUAAGGCUUAGAAUCAAUUCUCCAAAACUUGCUAGCAGAAAAAUUCAAGCCUGUGCAAGAAGGAGUGUGUCAUCCACUGCAAGCAGAGUUUCAAGGGGCACAGGCUUUCCUGAUGGUUUUGCUGUUGUGAAGUCCUCAUUUGAUCCACAGAGUGACUUCAGGGAAUCAAUGGUGGAGAUGAUUGUGGAGAACAAUAUCCGAGCAUCCAAAGAUUUGGAGGACCUACUUGCCUGCUACCUUUCCCUCAAUUCAAGUGAAUACCAUGAUCUCAUUGUUAAAGCAUUUGAGCAAAUUUGGUUUGACUUAGCUCAACUUAGAAUGUAAAUAUCUCAUUGUUAUCCAAUGCAUGUUUAUAGUCUUGUAACUAUCACCACUCUUUUGAUCAACUUCCCUUCUGAACUAUUAGGAUACCAAUAUAAACAACAUCCUCGAGUUUUGACAACCUGGAAUAUCCCAGGAAACGUUGAAUUUAUCUUAAGAAUCAAUUGAUUUUCUUGCUUGGUUUUUGAA